AUGUAUGUGUUGAUAUUUACGUUGUUAUCAUUAUCCCUUGCACUCCAGUGGUGUUGGGAGCGCGGGGUAAUCCAGUGCUUUUCUGAUAAUGUGACCAAUUGCAACACUUCUUUAUUUGAACAAAAUGACGUUUUUCUAAAGUUACAUAAUUAUAACUACGAGAAAUUUGAUAUUUCAUGUUAUAACACAACAAUACUCAACAUUGACAUUUCUCAAACAACCAACAUGUUGAAUAUGUCUUUGAAUAACACCUCUCUAAUAGUGAAACGGAAUGGCUACAUUAUAAUUAACAAGAUAAUUAGUACAGAGGUCUUUGCUUUGAACACUUUGUAUUCAAGUCCAAACAAUAUUUCUCAAUUAAAGACGGCCGAUUGUGGGCGAUCAAAUUGUUAUGAAUGUUUAGACUCAAGAAGUUGUAAAAAAUGCAAAGAUGGGUAUAGCCCUUAUUAUAAAAGUAGUUCGCCAAAUACUGUUCGUUGUUCAAAGGACGAUGGCAAACGUUGGUGGUGUGGAUUUAAAAAUGAAAAUUAUCUUGAUGACUCUAAAAAUUGUUAUGUUAAAAAUUGUUUAAAUCCAUCUUCAAGCCCAAAAGAUAGUCCUGGAAAGUGUACUCGAUGUAAAGACGGGUAUUAUUUAACAAAAACCAGUUUUGAUUUUUGUAACAAAUGUUAUGAAAUUUGCAAAACAUGUUCCAAUGCUUGGUCAUGUGAUUCAUGCUUUGAUUAUGACUACCCGUAUUUAUAUGAAGGCACAUGUAACAAGUGUCCCCAAGGAUUCUAUAUUGAUUACAACAAUCGAUGUCAAAAGUGUUCAACUGGUUGUUUAAAAUGUUAUAACAAAGAAAGGUGCGAACAGUGUGAACCAACAUACCCCUAUUACUACAACAGGCUUUGCCAUCAAUGUGAAGAAGGAAAGUACAUGACUACAAAAGGAUGUACAAAUUGCAUGAAUGGGUGUGAUGACUGUUUUGCAUUAGAAGAGUGUAAUCAAUGCAAAGAGGGAUUUUACAUGAAUAACAAUAUAUGUAAUGAAUGUCCAAUUGGAUGUUCAAGCUGUGAUAGUGAAGAUGGUGAUAUUCGGUGUUACUCGUGUGUGUCUGGGUAUUAUCAAUCAUAUGGUCAUUGUUAUACAUGUAAUGAAGGGUGUUUAACUUGUAUUGAUUCGGAUAUGUGUGAUGCUUGUAAAGAAGGUUAUUACUUAUCCUUUUCAUUUGAUCAAGAUUAUCCAUUUUAUGGUGUUUGUAAAAAAUGUCCCAAUGGAUGUUCAUCUUGCAAUUUUCUAUUAUCAUGUAAAACGUGCUUCUCUGGGUUUUAUUUAGACUCUAAUGAAUGUUUGUCAUGUCAAUCAAAUUGUGACAAAUGUGAUGCUACACGGUGUUUUAAUUGUUCGAAUGGGCAUUACCUUAUGAAUGGGAGUUGUGUACAAUGCCCAGAUUCAUGUGCUACCUGUUCAAAUUAUGAAGCAAGGUGUUUGGUGUGUCAACCGAAUUAUGUAUUUAGUUUGUCGAGUGAUGUCGAGUGUGAAACGUGUUCAACAUUUGACUCAAAUUGUACCAAAUGUGUUUCAACAUCCAAAAGAGAAUGUCGUGAAUGUGUUUUGGGCUACUACCCUUCUGUAACAGGAGAAUGUAUUCCUUGUUCUUCAACGUGUACGCCACAAGGGUGUAAUGUUCAAACUGGAACAUGUAACAUUUGUGCAACAAAUUAUACAAAAAAAGCCGAAGAAUCUCAAAUUGACUGUGACCCAUGUUCUUCACUCGAUGAGAAUUGUGAAACUUGCUCACAAAAACUACGGUCAUGUAUUAGAUGCCAAAAAGGGACUUACCCACAAAAUGUUGAUCCGUUUAAAUGUGUUGAUUGUGAUGAAACAUGUGGUGGCGAGUGUAAUGUGACAACUGGAUAUUGCACUUCAUGUGCACCUGGCUAUGUUUUGGUGCUCAACAAAGAUUCUCUGACUUGUCAGACAUGUUUCUUAUUUGAUCAAAAUUGUGAAGUUUGUGCAGAAGGUGGUGUUCGUAAUUGUACAAAUUGUAAAGAGACAUUUAAACCAAACAGUGAAGGAGGUCAAUGUAUUCAAUGUGACACAUCUUGUAGUCAAAAUUGCAAUGGAACAACUGGAAUUUGUUUGUUGUGUAACGAAGGGUAUGUUCCAUUUAAAGAACCACAACAAACAUGUGAAAUUUGCGCUCAAUUUGAUGAAUAUUGUGUGCAGUGUACAAAUGACAAUACAAGAAGUUGUUUAGAGUGUCAAAAAGGGUGGUAUCCCACUCAACAAAACGAUGAAAUAAUUUGUGUUCCAUGUGACUCUUCAUGUGCUGAAUGUGAUCCAAGAGAUGGUACAUGCACCAAAUGUAAUUAUACGAAUUGGGUAAUAACAAACCCACUUUCACUGAAAUGCGAGAGUUGCACAACUUUUGCAGCUGAAUGUGAAAUGUGUUCAGACGAUUUUAAGAGAAAUUGUACUACCUGUGUUGAAGGGAAAAGACCUGACAUUAUAAGUGGGAAGUGUACUGAUUGUGGAGUAAAUUGUGUGGAAAGUCAGUGUAAUAGCACAACUGGAAUUUGUAACAAAUGUAUUACAAAUUAUGUUUUUAACUCUCCACGCGACGAGAAUUGUAUAUUGUGUUCGCUCUUUGAUAAUAAUUGUGUUGAAUGUUCUGAUGAUUCAUCGAGAAAAUGUAUCAAAUGCAAACUCGGGUUGUACCCAAAAGAAGAAAACCAAUUUACAUGUCAAGCAUGUGACACAACAUGUGGUGACGAUUGCAACGCAACAACUGGAUUUUGUAAUAGUUGUCAAGCUUAUCACGUGCUUUAUGAUGAACCGUCUUUGACGUGUCAAAUGUGCACUGAUUUUGAUAGCAAUUGUCAGACUUGUUACUCAAAUAAGAGAGCAUGUAAAGUUUGUCAGGAAGGGAUGUACCCAGAUGAAGUAAGUGGGGUGUGUAAGCAAUGCAAUGAAACGUGUAAUAACAAGUGUAAUACGAGUGAUGGGACAUGCACUGCUUGUAUAACAAACUACGCAUUUACAGACCCACCAGGACUUUAUUGUAUUCCAUGCAAAGAAUUUGACCAAAACUGCAAACAAUGUGGUCAAACGACAUUCAAAAAAUGUUACGAGUGUGAGACUGAUUUCCGUCCAGACCCAAUAACAGGGAAGUGUGUUGGUUGUGCAGACGGUUGUCAAAAAUGUGGAGCCAUAACUGGUAAAUGUACUAUUUGCAAAGACGGGUAUGUUCCAAACGACCCUCAAAAUGAGAGUUGUAUUCUUUGUGACCAAUUUGACACAAAGUGUGAAAAGUGUUCAAAAAAUUUUGAAAGGAAGUGUAUCACAUGUAAAGAUCAUCAAAACUAUCCUCAAUUGGGUGUGUGUGAUGUUUGCAAUACAACAUGUGGUGGAGCAUGUAAUCCCACUACAGGGUAUUGUGAAUCAUGUUUGCCUAAUUAUAUGUUCACAGAUCCACCUUCAACAUCUUGUGAAACAUGUGAAGAGUUCGAACCCAACUGUAUGGAAGGAUUUUGUGAAUCAAAUUUCACUCGUGGAUGUACAAAGUGUAAAAGUGGUAUGUAUCCACAACAAAAUGGAAGGUGUGGUGAUUGUGACCCGACAUGCGGCAAUAAAUGUGAUGGGACAACUGGUGCUUGUACUGGAUGUAACACAAAUCACGUUUUUGUUUCUGAUGAUUCAAAAGUCUGUAUACCAUGUGAAACGUAUGACACUAAUUGUAUCACAUGUAAUGAUCAGUAUAAGGCUGAGAAGUGUGUUAAGUGUAAAAAUGGAUAUUAUCCAUAUACCAAUGGGACGUGCAUUCUUUGUGACUCGACUUGUGGUGGAAAAUGCAAUACAGAAAAUGGUGAAUGCACUGGAUGUCAAGAUGAUUAUGUGAUGAGUGGAAUGAACUGUAUCACAUGUGAACAACACAACAUCAACUGUUCGACAUGUGACAAAUUGGGUUUGGGAACAUGCCAAGUGUGUAAAAACAAUAACUAUGCUCAAGAUGGGAUUUGUAUACCAUGUGAGUCGACAUGUGACAACUGUGAUGGAGUUACAGGGAAGUGCACAACGUGCCAAUACAAUCUGGUUGAAACGGAAAAAGGCAGUGGAAAGUGUGAAGAGUGUAAAAAAUUCGAUUCGAAUUGUUCGCUGUGUGCGAGUGAUUCAUCACGAAAUUGCACGAAAUGUGAGUCUGGGUAUUACCCUGUAUUACAAUCGAACGAGAGUAAAAUGUGUGAGCCAUGUGAUUCAUCAUGUAAUGGAAUUUGUGAUGUUUCGUUUGGCUACUGCUUAGGAUGUAUUGACAAUUUUGUUCUCAUUAAUUCGACAAGUUAUGUUUGUGAAAAUUGCACAUCUUUUGAUUCAAAUUGUGAGAGGUGUUCAUCUACUUUUGAAAGGAAGUGCACAAGCUGUAAACCGACAUUCAAACCAAGUCAAAGUGGAAAGUGUGAACUUUGCAAUGAGACAUGUAAAGAUAAUUGUGAUAGCACAACUGGAUAUUGUACUUCAUGUAAUGCAAAUUACGUUUUAUCAAAUCCACCUUCAUCAAGUUGCAUCACUUGUAAAACGUAUGACACAAAGUGUGUGGAGUGUCCGGGAGGUGUUGAGAGAAAAUGUAACAACUGUGAGUCGGGGUAUUAUCCAAAAACUGUUGGUGAUAUGAAGUGUCAACAAUGCCAUGAAACAUGUGGUGGAAAGUGUGACACGAUAACUGGAAUGUGUGUUGGAUGCAAAAUUGGAUAUGUUCCAAAUAUCACAACAUCGCUUCAAUGCAUCAUAUGUACAGACUUUGAUAUCAACUGUGUGGAGUGUGUAACUGAUGAAAGAAAGUGUAAAAAAUGCAAGCCUGGGAUGUAUCCAGAUGAACAAAGUGGGGCGUGUAAAAGUUGUGAUACUACAUGUGAUUCGCAGUGUGAAACAUUUUCUGGUAUUUGCACCGGAUGUUCUUCAAAUCAUAUAUUUAAUGAUCCAAAAGAUAAGAAGUGUGCCACUUGUUCGUCUUUUGAUUCAAAUUGUUCAUCUUGUUCUUCAGAUUUUACUCGUAAAUGUACGUUAUGCAACACCAAUUAUUACCCAGACAUCACUUCAAAUAAAUGUGUUGAAUGUAACACGAUAGACAACUGUAAAACGUGUUCUCCGAGUAAUAUGUAUUGUUUAACAUGUCAAGAUCCUUACAUUCAAAAGAAUGGAAUGUGUGAAAGUUGCCCAAUUGGCUUUUUCAAAGAGAGUGAAACCAAAUGUGGGGAGUGUUACAACUUCAUUGAAAAGUGUAAUCUUUGCGACACACUUUCUGUAGGAAAAGCGAAGUGCACCAAGUGUAUUUAUCCCUUUGCAAUCAAAAAUGGGAAGUGUGACUGGUGUGGAAGUGGGGAACUUAAUGAUAAACAAAAUGGUGUGUGUAUCAACACAAAUAACAGUUGUUAUUCACCAACAAACAAUACUUUCUGUAUCAAAUGUGGUAAAGAUGCUUUUCUAUCAAAUGGAAGUUGUGUUGUUGAUUCAAAUUGUGAAUCUGAUUCUUCUCUCUCGUUGACUUCAUGUGACUGUUCCUCUCAAAUUUCUACAAAUUCGAAGUGCAUGGAGAUGUUAUCAAAAUGUAAAUAUCAACAAUCCUUCAAACAAAGCACCAGCUGCAUUUCAUGUCAAGAUAAUAAUAUCUUAAACGAAGAGAAAUGUGUUGGUGUAACAACAAAUGAAGUAAUAAGAAAUCAAAUCGUUUAUAUGUGUGAAACUGGGAAAUAUCUUACAGUCGAUAAUAAAUGUCAAGACUGUGAUUCAAAGACCAUGAUAUGUACCAACAUAAACAAUUUGUCCCUUUCUCUUUUGUGUAAACCAAACUAUAUUUUCACAUUAAAAGAUUCGUUGUGUUCCGAUGAUACAAAUUGUGCCUCUAUUAAAAACAACGAGUGUGUCAAAUGUUAUAAUGACAACUUUGAGGUUUCCAAAGGGAAGUGCACGAAGUGUAAGAAUGAUAAUUGUGCACUUUGUGUUGGUGGAAAGUGCCAAAUGUGUUCCGCAAAUCAUUUAAUGUAUUCUGAUAACCAAUGCGUUGCAAAGGAAUUGGUGAACUGCAUGAGUUCGAGUCAUAGUGGUUGUACACAAUGUAAAGAAGAGUUUUACCAAAUAGACGGCAAAAAUGUUGAAGGGAAGUACGAGUUUUGUGCCAAAACAGAUACUAAAUUACGCUGUAAAUAUUACUCUCCAAAUCAAUUAAAGUGCAUUGAAUGUCUCAACGCAUAUAGUCUCAAAAAUGGGAUUUGUGCAGAAACAUUUGACGAUGAAACAUUUGAAGAAGAGAACCAGACUGAAGCGUUUAAUAGUUUAAAAGGCGACUUAAAAACACAAGAAAUGGUUGAGUGUCAAAUAAGAAACAACAAAGGAUGUCAACGGUGUUAUGAUGGCUAUUUUUUGAGUGAUACUAUUUGUGUGAAGUGUUUGAAUGACUGUUUGAGUUGUUUCAAUUCUUCAUAUUGCACUUCGUGUUCUUCUGAGCAUUUUCUUGACUCGUUUAUGAAGUGUCAGACGCUUGGAAAUUUGGCCAAAAGAUGUGAAAUUUCUUUGCCUUCUGGAAUAGGAUGUGCAAUAUGCAAAAAAGGUUAUUACAAGACCGAAAAAGACUGUAAAGAGUGUGACGGUUCUUGUCAUGAAUGUGUGAAGAAAGAUGAGUGUUUGUCGUGUAAAGAAGGGUACUUUAAAAUAUCUACAGAGUCGACCAAAUUGUGUUUAUCGAAUUCUACACUCAACAAUUGCACAAAAUCGACAUCAGAAGGGUGUGUUCUAUGUGAAGAAUCCUUCUACUUACAAAACGGUCGUUGUUUUGUGUGUGAAAAUGAUUGCUUGACAUGUAGAAACGGUAACAUGUGUGAAACGUGUCGAACUGAUCAUGUUUUGGUUAAAGGAAGGUGUGUCCAUUACACUACAAUUCAACAUUGUAUCCAAGCAGAAAACUCACAAUGUGUUGCUUGUGAAGGCAGUAACAGACCAUCAGAUGAUGGUGAGAGUUGUGUGUACAAAACAAAUUAUGGUGUUGUUAUUGGGAUACCUGUCGCUGUAUUUAUAGUGUUUAUUAUACUCAUAGCAAUAGUGUUAGUCGUUGUAUUCCUUAUCAUUAUGAAGAAGAAAGAAAAAAAGAAAAUGAAGAACAUUUGUGUGUUUGAAAUGAAGCGAUCGAAUAUCGAGAUGGUUCAAAUCAAUUCAGUGCUAUCGUCGAAUAAGAAGUCAAUUAAAUUCAAUUUAAAUGACGACAAUCCCAUUCCAGUCGAUGAAGAGACUAGAGACUUGAUAUGUAUCGGCAAUCAAUCAAAACACAAUAUGAAAGUACAGUUCAGUGUUAUUGAAGGGUGUGACCAUUACGAAAUACGAUCAGUGCCGACUUUGAUUUCCUUAAAGAAAGGAGAAGCCUGUGAAUUUGAGAUCUUCAUCAAACCGUUAUGUUCAUGUCGUAUAGAAGAGUGUAUAAUGGUCAUUGGAUUGGAUAUAGAAACUGGUGUACAAUACAACGAGAAGAUUACAGUACAAACAACAACAAAGAACUCCACCAAAUUAGACUACCACGAGUUACUAGAAGAGAAGAAACUUGGCGAAGGAUCUUUUGGUAUUGUGUUUAAAGGACUUUACAGAGGCAAAACAGUAGCAAUCAAGAAGAUGAAGAAUACACAAGCCACAAAGAGUGCAAUAGAUGAAUUCACUAAAGAAGUUGCGAUGUUAGACAAGUUCAGAAGUGAUUAUAUCAUCCACUUCUAUGGAGCGUGUUACAUCCCCAGUCACGUCUGUAUGGUCACCGAAUAUGCAGAACAUGGAAGUCUUGCUGACAUGUUUUCCCAUGAAGAA